AUGCCACUAACAUACAUAAGAAUUAGGGGCAUUGCAACUACUGCACGCUUAUUGGAGCCGUUUAAAGUUGCGGUGAUAGGCACUGGUCCUGGUGGAUUUUACACGGCGCAUCAUUUGCUAAACAAGUCAAGCCCAGAUAAGCAAAUUCACCUAGAUUUCUUUGAAAAGCUUCCAACACCUUUUGGAUUAAGUAGAUAUGGCGUGGCUCCAGAUCACCCUGAAGUGAAAAACUGUGAAGAGUUCAUGACCAAUAUAAUGGCCGACUUUAGAUCAUCAAAUAGACAUAAGGUCAGAUUUAUUGGUAACGUUGAGGUAGGCAAGGACAUCAAGUUGAAGGAAUUAGAAAAGAAUUACAACGCAAUUGUGCUAGCCUAUGGAUGCACUUCAGCCGAUAAUAAGCUACAUGUUCCAGGAGCUGAUCUACCUGGGGUGAUUUCGGCCAGACAGUUUGUUAAUUGGUACAAUGGCCACCCUGAUUGCUACAACUCCCAAAAUCCUUAUAAGCCACCACCAUUGGAUAAGAUCAAGGACGUGACCAUUAUUGGAAAUGGAAACGUAGCAUUGGAUGUUGCCCGUAUAUUGUUGGCUGAUCCAAUACAACAUUGGCAUGCAACCGAUAUUUCUGUCGAAGCAGAAGCCUUGUUGGAGAAAAGUGCGGUUAAAAAUGUAAACAUCGUUGCCAGACGAGGUAUAUUGGAAUCGGCCUUUUCAAACAAGGAAAUCAGAGAGUUAUUUGAGUUGAAAGAUUCCAAAUUCACACCUUUGGAAGAAGGAUUGUUGGAAAGCCUUGCCACAAGGAAAUUAGGCAGGGUGGAAAAACGUAGGGUAUCGCUAAUUGAGAAAUACAACAAACCCAUUGGUCCUGGGGACCAGGAUAAGCGUAAGUGGACAUUGCGGUACUUGCUUUCGCCUGUGGAGUUUGAAUCGGGAACUGAUGAUCUCCUUAAAUCGGCAAAGUUUGUCAAGAAUCAGCCUGUCGAUGACCCUCUUCUUCCAGGAAGGGUUCGAGCAACCGAUGAAUUUGUCGAGAUAAAAAAUGAGCUUAUUAUAUUAUCUAUUGGCUACCAAGGGACCUCGAUUGAAGGUUUCGAAGAUGUUGGUAUUUGGUUUGAAGAUAACAAAUUGCAUAACAGAGGUGGAAGAGUAUUAUCCCGUGAAUCAAAGGGCGAAAACAAUGAAAAUUUAGCAUACAAGAAAGGAUGGUACACAUCUGGCUGGAUAAAAAAUGGUCCCAAGGGAGUCAUUGCUGUAACCAUGAUGGAUUCAUUCGACACCGCUAAUAACGUUUUGGAAGACUUGACAAACGGAAAUUACCUUCAAAUCGAUGAGGGUAAAGACAUCACCCAAUCUGACUCUUUCAAGUCGCUCCACGAUGUAGUUUAUUGGGACAAUUGGGAGAAUUUGGACAGAUACGAGUUAAAAGAAGGUAAGGAGUUGGACAAGAGCCGUUUCAAGGUGUGCAACAAGCAGGACAUGAUAGAAAUUUGUAAAUAG